UGGAUAGAGUGACCUGUCUCUGGCCUUGGCGUGUGCUGUAACGCAGUGCUGCUCCUGCUCCUACUAGCUGUCAGUGGUCGCUAGCUGUUGGACCCCGUUAACGGUUACGAGCUCGUGUUUGUGUCCGACGAGUCGGUUGGUAAGCUAGGAGCCGCCACAGCGGAGCGGAGCCACGAUGCUGACAUGUAGGACUAUGUGGAGAAAGCUUGCACCUCUUGCCAGGAGCUCAUCAACUGUGUGCCGGCAGAAUGUGAGAAGAGCUGGGUUGAACAGUGGCAGAACACCCACAUGCGUACCUGCGGCUCACAUGUCCACGGGACCGGCAGGGGGUGGAGGAGGGGAUAACUUGAAGUACGCCGUCCUGGUUGCAGCAGCCUCCCUCGGUAGCGUGGUAUAUGCGUACCAAACUGUGAAGGGAGACCAACAGAGAUAUGAGGCUCGUUUGGCGGAGUUGGCAUCCAGAUCACAGAAGGCAGCUUCAAAAGACCCAGCCACACUCAGCCAGUCAGAGCCUACUGCAGCCCCGUCACCAGAGAAGCCGAGCCCUCCGGCCUCUGAUGCCAAAGGUGCGACCCCCAGUAAAUCAACAGAACCACCUCCAGCAGAUGAGCCAGUGGGGGAAACAUCACCAGAGGAAGCAGCAACACUGCUUGCUGCACCUGUAGUUGAGCAGGAACCGUCACCCCCCUCUGAGUCGUCUCCUGCCGAGCUUACAGAGUCACCCCCAGCAGCAGUUGUGGAGAGUGAACCUGCAGCAGAAAUCCCCGCAGCAGAGCCACCUGAGCCCCAGCCUGAAGUUGUGGCAGAGAGUGCAGUGGCCUCAACACCUGCCUCUUCCAAGUUGCCCUCACACACCCCUUACCUCCUCAUUGGUGGAGGCACUGCGUCUUUUGCUGCUGCCCGGUCUAUUCGAGCCAGAGACCCUGGUGCCAAGGUGCUGAUUGUGACUGAUGAGCCAGACCUCCCGUACAUGAGGCCACCUCUCUCUAAAGAGCUGUGGUUCUCUGAUGAUCCCAGCGUGACGGAAACACUGCGUUUCAAACAGUGGAAUGGAAAAGAAAGGAGUAUCUAUUUCCAGCCGCCGUCAUUCUACAUCAGUCCAACAGAACUGGAUAGUGCAGCGAAUGGGGGAGUGGCUGUUCUCACUGGCAAAAAGGUGGUACAGAUGGACGUGAGAGGAAACAAAAUAAAACUGGAUGAUGAUACUGAGAUUUCUUAUGACAAGUGUUUGAUUGCUACAGGUGGCGUUCCCAGAAACCUGCAGGUAAUUGAAAGAGCAGGAGAGGAGGUGAUGAAGAAGACAACGCUAUUCCGCAAGAUUGAAGACUUCAAAUCACUGGACAAGGUCUCCAGGAACAUAGAGUCAAUCACAAUCAUUGGAGGCGGGUUCCUGGGAAGCGAGCUGGCCUGUGCCCUGGGCAGGAGAUCCACUGACUCUAACCUGGAGGUGAUCCAGAUGUUCCCUGAGAGGGGUAACAUGGGAAAGGUGCUGCCUGAGUAUCUAAGCAACUGGACAACAGAAAAAGUCAAGAAAGAGGGUGUAAAAGUCCUCACAGAAGCAUUGGUAAAAUCUGUGACCUGCAAAAACGAUAAGUUAGAAAUCCAGUUGAAGGACGGCCGAUUAGUGAAAACCGACCACAUUGUUGCUGCAGUUGGCCUGGAGCCUAAUGUCGAGCUUGCUAAGUCAGCAGGUCUGGAGGUGGACUCUGACUUUGGGGGCUUUCGUGUCAAUGCAGAGCUGCAAGCUAGGUCCAAUAUUUGGGUGGCAGGAGAUGCCGCGUGUUUCUACGACAUCCGACUGGGACGCAGGCGAGUGGAGCACCACGAUCACGCCGUUGUGAGCGGUAGACUAGCAGGAGAGAACAUGACAGGAGCCAGCAAACCCUACUGGCAUCAGUCUAUGUUCUGGAGUGACCUGGGUCCUGAUGUGGGCUACGAGGCCAUCGGGAUCGUUGACAGCAGCCUGCCAACAGUAGGCGUGUUCGCCAAAGCCACCGCCAAGGAUACACCUAGAGCUGCUACAGAGCAGUCAGGGACGGGGAUCCGGUCAGAAAGUGAAACGGAGGACACGGCCACCAGCACAGUGGCCCCUGUAACACCUGCCCCCGCUGUGCAGCAGAAAGACGACUAUGGCAAAGGAGUCAUCUUCUACCUGAGGGACAAAGUGGUGGUGGGCAUCAUCCUGUGGAACGUCUUCAACAGAAUGCCUAUUGCGCGGAAGAUUAUCAAGGAUGGAGAGGAGCAUGCAGAUCUGAACGAAGUGGCCAAGCUGUUCAACAUCCAUGAAGAUUAAGAUUUCAGAGGGAGUUGGGCGUCAAGUGAAAGUUGAACUCUGGCAGUGACUGCCACAUUCUUUAACUGGUCAGGAAUACCAAACCAGAGGAUCAAUGUAAAUUAUAUCAUGUCGCUGGAAUAUUUUCAUAUUUGGAAUUUAUAUGUGCUGCCCUUUAUCGUUGUAUUUUUCCUCUCUUCACAUCUUCCGCGACACUUGUGUGAUUGUCUGUCGGCCCCACCCACCCACCAGGCUGAAAAUGUUGCGCAUGGAUUAUGGUGUCCCUCUGUCUGAUCAGAGCGGCUUGUUCUCAGAGAAGCUGCAAUAAAAGCUAUUUUUAAAUUGGA